AGGGCAUGCCAGGCACAGGUAAGACCGCCACGGUGGUAGCUCUGGUGCAAUUGGCCGUAAGACUUGGACUCUCUGUGUUGAUUACCAGUCACACGCACUCUGCAGUGGACAAUGUGCUGCUGAAACUGAGAGGGCUGGUGGACUUCCUACGACUAGGCGCAGUACACAAGCUACACCCCGAGCUGACCGACUAUGGGGAGACACGCCAAGUAUUCUCAUCUCCUCAGGAGAUGCAGGCUUACUAUGACUCCAAG